UAAGCGACAUCAUUCGAUGCUGCACGCGGAUUCGGAUUCUGAGACCGACCAGUUGGCUCCGCCAGCCAACGAACCAUCGCCCACCUCGCCGUCGCCUACCGUGGCGGUCAAUUCAUUGCUUGCGGCCUCGACUUCGCGCCCGCGAUCGCAGGUCCUCCUCGCCACCGCGCGCGUCAGGGUGGAGGGCGACUCGGGUCGUUGCGUGGUCGCGCGUGCUCUGAUCGAUCAGGGCUCCGAGGCCACCUUCAUCUCCGAAGGCUUGGCUCAAACCUUGCGAACUCGCCGAAUUCGACGGCCUGUCUCGAUUUCAGCAGUGGGGGGUGCUCAAGUCGGCACGGUGCGACAUGCCGCUCAGAUAACGGUGAGCCCCGUCGCUACCGCGAAUCCGUCGUUUUCGACGACGGCGCUCAUUCUCCCGUCGCUUACGUCCUACGCUCCUCGCCGAGUGUCGACGAUGUCGGCAUUCUCUCACCUCUCUGACUUGCCGUGGGCGGAUCCGCAUCCGACCUGCUCUGAUCCCAUCCAAGUCAUCAUUGGCGCUGACCUCUACAGCGACCUUAUUCUUAGUGGUAUUCGGAAGGGAAACUCCGGCCAGCCAAUCGCGCAAAACUCCGUCUUCGGGUGGAUAAUUUCCGGCCCGCUUCCCGCGGUAGCGGAACACGUGCCUUCACACACUUCGGUGCAACUCUGUACCUUCGAUGUCUCUCUGUCGGAGGAUCUCCAGCGAUUUUGGGAGAUCGAGGAGCUUCCCCCUUCUCAGAUCCUCUCGCCUCAGGAUGAGCAGUGCGAGAAUCAUUUCCGCGAGACCCAUUCUCGAGACGACCGCGGUCGAUACGUCGUUCGUUUGCCCUUCAAGGCGCCUCCUCCUAUCGAUAUCGGGCGUUCUAAGCAAUCUGCCGAUCGAAUGCUGCAAUCCCUGCUCCAUCGUUUCAAAUCGCAGCCGGAAUUGGAGAGCGAUUAUCGGGACUUCAUGCGCGAAUAUGAACGCCUCGAGCACAUGCGGCCGAUCUCGGAAACGCCUUGCUCCCGAAGCCAAGCGGUGUACAUCCCGCAUCAUCCG